GAACUCCCUUGUGUUCGGAUCUGUCUCCACUUCUCUGUUAUGUAGAUAACGAAAAUCGUUUCCAUCAAAGUGUCAUCAUGAUUACUUCGGAGAGCGGCAAGCAGUACCUCAAGCCGGACUACCUGUCUCCGCUACCAGAGUCACCGACGGAUUCAAAGCAAAGCCCCCUAGCAUUGUUGGCACAAACAUGCUCGCAGAUAGGAGCUGACUCCCCAUUAGUGCCUAGCAGACCCGCACCUCAGGCCGCCGUUCCGGCGAAGAAGACUUCCCCCAAGCCAACAUUCAAACCCUACGAACUCGAGGAAAAGAGGAAGUCACCUAGGGAGAGUCCCAGCAGAGCUUCUCCCAAGUAUCCUGACUAUCUGAAGGCACUCUACCCUCCAAGGGCUUGCAGAGACCCUUAUUGUCAGGGCUGCCCUGCAGGACUGGCUCAGUUGGCUGCGCUUGCUCAACCCUACGUCUGCUCCUGGGUAUCAGGAGAAUCUACCUUCUGUGGCAAGAGGUUCACCACACCUGAGGAACUUCUUCAGCACCUGAGAAGCCACACCGGAGAACCACGGUACCCUCGCUUCCAUCCUUACACACGACUCUUCCCCUACCUUCCUCCUUACUAUCCUCCAUAUCUCUACCCAUCCAGGCUUCCUCCUCUCUAGUAAUCCUUAUUCAGUGAGAUUAAAAGAAUGUAAGAUAGUUUUGGAUAAAGGAUUUGAGGGAAGGGAGAUGUAUCUAUGGCUGUGGGAAGGUUCCGAAACCGCAGCAGAGCGGCUUGUUUGCGUUUUGGCUAGGUCUGGGCAGCAUGAUCACGUCCAACCUUCAUUGUUUAAACAUCUUAGUUGUUAACACUUAAUGGGUCUUGGCCACAAUCACGAUAACUUCUAACAUUUAAUUUAUUUCAGAAAAUGAUAUAUACAUAACACACUUCAAGAAAAUUUAAGCAAACGUGAAUUAAUAGAAUAAAACGCGGUAAUUAUGAAAAAAAAGACAAUAAACAGCUUUCGGUCCAAAUCCAAAAACGAAAAUUGUUAAUUAUUCAAAUAAGACAAGUAAAGUAUUAAAUUGAAAAAUAUUGGUUUUAAAUUCUAUUCAACUACAUUUUGAAAUAUUGUUAUAAGGAGUAAUCAACGCAUUAGUUUCACAUACGAAUGAAAACUUAUUUUCUUAGAUAACACAAACAUAGACAUCACUAAAAUAUUAAAAAAUGUAAUUGCAUCAGAUUUAAAUUAGUUUUCAGCCUUCUAGAAUACAAAAAAAAAUACUCUCUUAUGCCAAUGUUCUUUCAGUUUAUAUAUAUCCUUUUCAAAGAUUGGUAGUUUUAUAUUACUCUACUACCAUCGUUGUCCAUUAUGAUUCGUCCAUUUUAUUCAAUUACUUAAUAUAAUUCAAAUUUCAAUGUUAGAUUUUUAGUUUUCAUUGGAUUUUUCCCGUUGGGGAGAUUCUGCCUAAGGACAUAUAAACAAUGUGAUUUGACCUUGCAUGAGCUUGUCUCUUCUCUUUAUUUGACCCUUGAAUAUUAUUUUUACUUAUAGUGUGUAAAAUAUGGACUUUGCAUUUUAUAUAAUAUUUUAAGUGUACAUCUAUCUCUGUACAUUAUGUGAUCUACACUUGACCCUUAGUGGUUUCUCAAAACACUGGUAGUACGUAAGUUGCAUCCGCUGAAGUCACCUAUAAAAAUUAGGAUGUGAAUUUCGGCCCAAUAUCAAGUAUAUUCAUUUGAAAUAAUUUAACUUUGUUAGCAUUAUUGUUUAAAAAAUUAGAAAUAAUUAUAUUGUCCAUAGCUGAUGAUUGAAUCGAAUUAUUUUCAAUGUGCAAUCAUAGUAUUAAUCAUUAUGUUUGUUGGAUUAUCAAACAUUUACGGUACACGAAACCAGCUUUGUAGACAAAAAUAAUAAUAAAUAUGUUAUCUAAGAUUUAUAGUGGUUAAGGAUUAAAAAAAUAUAUAUGUGUGGGUCAAAAUUUAUGUUGGAUAUUUAUUUACUAAUAUAGCCAAAGUAUAUGUUUCUCUUAUAUUAUAAAAGCUCUUGUACAUAAUUAUGAUUAUUGUUAUACAUUAAUAUAUACUUAAUGAUAAGUUACCGCAUGAGAAAAGCCUUCAGUCCGAAGGGUGACGUUACUACAAUCAUAUUGUAAUCGGUAUGAUACUAAAUUCAUAUGUAUCUUUGCUAUGAAAUAUAGAUUUGUAUUAUUUAUUUCAAAUAAAUUGACUUGUUUUUCAA